UAAAAAAAAAGACGGAGUCUUUAUCAAAGUAGUUCUGCUCUUAAGAGGAGUUUAAUACACUUUAUUGUGUUUUUAAAAGGUGUAGACUUCUGUUGGGGGGUUGUAUGUCUCUCCUACCACCUCUUUGACCUUUAAUGAUGGGCUCAUAACUUUGGUGCAAAGGAAGACAAAAAGAGCCGAUCUUGGAGACUUUACUCUCUUCUGAGAUACUCUCUCCUGGUUGCGGAGGAAGUGAGUGAGCCAAAAAAAUGGGGGUCGUCUCAGAAGAAGCCAUUGAUGAAUUCCUGGAGCUAAUAAAUCAAGUUGAGGAGCCUUUGAAGAAAACAUUUGAGAAUGUCCAUCAGGGAUACAUGAGAGAGCAUUUGAGUCGUUUUCUGAAGGCACGAGAUUGGAACGUAUUUAAAGCUCAUACAAUGCUGGUUGAGUGUUUGCGUUGGAGAGUGGAUAAUGAAAUUGACAGUAUAUUAUCCAAACCUAUUGUUCCUAGUGAGUUGUACAGGAACGUGCGGGAUUCUCAACUCAUAGGAAUGUCAGGUUACACCAGAGAGGGCUUGCCUGUCUUUGCUAUUGGUGUUGGCCUCAGCACAUUCGACAAAGCAUCGGUUCACUACUAUGUCCAGUCCCACAUCCAAAUCAAUGAAUACAGAGACCGUGUACUACUGCCUUCUAUGUCUAAGAAGAACGGCCGGCCAAUCACAACCUGUGUGAAAGUUCUAGACAUGACAGGGUUAAAACUUUCAGCGCUGAGCCAAAUUAAGUUAGUGACUAUCAUAUCAACCAUUGAUGAUUUGAACUAUCCAGAGAAGACAAACACCUACUAUGUUGUGAACGCUCCAUAUAUAUUUUCUGCCUGUUGGAAGGUUGUGAAACCACUUUUACAAGAGAGGACGAGGAAGAAAGUUCAUGUGUUAUCUGGUAGCGGAAGGGAUGAAUUAUUGAAGAUUAUGGACUACACAUCCCUCCCACAUUUCUGUAGAAGAGGAAGCUCUGGGUCAUCUCACCACAGUGAGAGUGUAGAUUGUUUUUCUUUUGAUCAUCCUUUCCAUCAACAGCUAUACAACUAUGUGAAGCACCAUUAUGAGACUCAGGGACAAGCAGAACCUGCAAAGCAAGGAUCAUUCCACGUGGGGUUUCCUGAGCCUGAAGCUGAGAGUGUUCAGAUAGCCAUUGAAUCGGAACUGCACAAGUUUGAGAACUGCAAUGGUCUAUGCAAGCCUGCUGAUGACAAAAAAGUCAGUCCAUGAAACACUGGACGAUGAUACUUCUGAGGGAAUUCAAAUGAGCAAGUACUGAGCUCUGUCAUCUCCCUAGCCAUGCAGAUCCAGUGAAGAAAAAAUAAGUCUUGAACUGAAUGUCCUCCUGGCUUUCAUGUCCUCUGUCAUCUCCCUAGACAUUUGUAGCAAAUUUAUUUGUAUUUUUGUAAAAUGUAAAACAGAGGCCGAAGAGAUCCACUUAUCAACUCCUUAAGCAUCUGUGUGAGUGCUGGUCUAUGAUCUCAUUCAUCAGAUUUUCAUAGAGUUAUUGGUAAAGGCAAACAUCACCGGUUUCAACAAA